AUGGCAGAAGCACCAGAGACCAUUCCCUUCACAUACUACAGAGGAGGAACCAGCAAGGCGCUAUUCUUCCACGCCAAGGACCUGCCACAACCCGGGAAGCUACGCGACCGUCUACUUCUGCGGCUGAUGGGCUCGCCUGACCCCAUGCAGAUUGACGGGAUGGGUGGCACUCACCCCGUCACAAGCAAGAUAGCAGUCCUUGGCCCCAGCAAAAGACCUGGCGUGGACGUCGACUAUGACUUUGCCCAAUGCAGCAUACGGACCAACCACAUCAGCUGGGAAGGAGGGUGUGGCAACAUCAGUAGUGCUGUUGGACCUUGGGCCAUUUCUCAAGGACUCGUCGAUGCACGUUCUGGUACUAGUAAGGAUACCGCCCUAGGGACCGUGAAAGAAGUCAGGAUAUGGAUGGUAGGUCUUGGAAACAUGCUCAUCGCUCACGUUCCGGUCAAUGAGAAAGGAAGAGUGAUAGAGAAGGGACAGCAGGCGAUCGACGGUGCACCAGGUACAGGAGCUGCAAUAUGGAUGGACUACAAGGAGACAGCAGGUGGAGCAUGUAAGAAAGGUCUUCUACCCAGCGGUAAUCCGGUCGAUUCUGUGACAGUCCGAGGGAAAGAAGUCGAAAUCAGUAUCUGCGAUAUCGCCAACAUAAUGGUCUAUGCUCGAGCAGCAGAUCUCGGCAUCUCCGGAACGGAACCUGCACGAACUCUGAACGAGAGCAAGCAGCUCAUUGAUGACGUCCGGGAACUUCGAGGGCGCGCUUCCCAAAUGAUUGGCUUGUGUAGCAGCUGGGAGAAAGUUGAUGAAGAGAUCCCCAAUCUGCCCUAUGUGGUUUUACUGGUCGAGUCAAAAGAUGGGGAUGACGGCGAUGUGCAGGGUCGGCUGUUCCUCGACAACUACUGCCACUCAUCGAUGGCAGGAACUGGAGCAACUUGCACGACAGCUUGUGCGCAUAUAAAGGGCACGCUCGUCAAUCAAAUGUCUCGACCACUGCAGCGGAAGCUACGAGCAUUCAAAGUCGGGCAUCCUGUUGGUCAUCUUCCGGUGAUAGUCCAAGUCAAGUCGGGCACUGGUAUCGAUGCAGGCAGGUUGCCAGAGUUCAGUACGCUGAGUUUUGUCAGGACGGCUAGGCAGAUCGCAAAGGGUGAGUUGUGUAUACCGGAAGACUUCGAUUGGGCCGCUGGUCGUUUAGAGAUUAAUGGUGGACUGAAUGGACACUGA